CAGGCGCAUAACUUCUGCCGACUUCCCUUCAAAUCCACCACGACAGCAUCUUCAACCUCUUUCCCUCUCCCUCCCUCUCUCUCAAAACACACUCUUUUUCACGCGAUUCAACAACCACAUCACACGAAACAAACCCUCCCCGAGUAGGCCACCUACCCACAUACACAAACACAUUCAAAAUGCCUCGUCAACGUUCCGCCGGCCGCCCUAGCGCCCCCUCGCGCCCGACCGUCUCGGCCGCGAAGCCCGCUCCCGUCCAAUCUCGCCCUGCCUCGACCAUGGCCGCUCCUCCCCAGCACGCCGCCCCCCCGGCCGCCGCUCCCGCAGCCCCCGCCGCCGCGCCUUCGCAGGGUCCCGGUCUGUUCGGCCAGAUGGCCAGCACCGCUGCCGGUGUCGCCAUCGGCUCCUCCAUCGGCCACGCCAUUGGCGGUAUGUUCGGCGGCGGCUCCUCUGCGCCCGCCGAGGCCGCUCCCCAGUCCAACUCCCCCGUCGCCUCGGGCGAGUCCCAGACGACGCAGCAGUGGGGUAACAACUGCGCUGGCGCGACCCAGCAGUUCACAAAGUGCAUGGACGAGCAGGGCGGCAACAUGCAGAUCUGCAACUGGUACCUCGAGCAACUCAAGGCCUGCCAGUCCGCCGCUAGCCAGUACUAGGCGCCUUACCAGUCACACAAUCCGCGCGUCACAUAUAUCGGAUACCCUAGUGUCUGGAGUGUUGACGCCCCUCCUCGAC